GCUGCUGUCAUGCAGCCAGAUCCCAGGGCUGAAUUUCCAAGCCCUGAAUCUGACUUCAUAACAUAAACAUGCGAGCACCUGGCGGGAGAAGAUAAAAUGAGCCUGGGAACUCAGGGGUGAAAGUAUAAACAAUUAUAAUUGCUGUAGUGUGGGGGGGAUAGAAACCUUGGUGGAAAUGUGAUCCAGAAGGUGGGGUUUGAUGAUGAUAUUUGCGUGUGAUAUUACGUUGCAUCAGAAGUGAUAAAAUUAGAUGUAUGUAAACAUUAGGUCAUUCUCGACUUUUCCAAAGUCAUGUAUUCUUCAAUAAAGAUUGUGUUUGAGAGCAGCUGUCUUUGAUCUGCGUUCAGACUGGUCCUUUGAAGUAAGCCCGACAUUAAAGUCGAGAAUCCCAUUUCUCACCCUCCUGCGGAAUUCGCAGUGAAGUGAUAAUGAGCGAGGAAGAAGAUCAAAGCCCAAAUGAGGCAGAGAGGCCUUUGCAAGGGGCCCGGCCGAAGAGAGAAGAGACGCUGCAAGCCAUAGCUUCCUCUACGGGGUACCCCAAGCCGAACGGCGUGACCCAGAGAAUUCCCAGGCUCGGAAGAGGCGUCUCUGCGGCUGCAGAAACCAGCUGGGGAUCUGGAGGAAGUAUGCCGGAGACCGUGGCCCUGCGGUUAUCCAUCCUGGAAACUAAUUUAUCCAGGUUGUCGGAGACCGUGGGGAGAUUGGUGCCAUUAUUGGAAGAGAAUCUCCAGAAGGAGGCCAGCCGAUAUGGCGCCGAGAGAGAACCAAGCAAAGAAGGAGAUUGGAGCCAGAGGGGCCAGCGGGCGUCAACGCAGAGCCCCGUGGCGGCAAGGGACGAGGGAGAUGAGGAAUACUGGCAGGAGCUGCAGUUCCGGGACAGCAUGGCGCGAGAAGUGGAGCGUCAGCGAGCCCUGGGGACCCUGAGGCCGCCGUCUCCAACAGAGCUCCCAACCCCCCGAAUGGGCGUCGGGGUGGAAAGGCCACUGGGGCCAGGGAUCGGGUCCAGUGGAUUCGCAGACGAAGGCGGAGAGGAGCGGGGGGUCCAGGAAGAGGAGGAGGAUGAGCCGUACGACGAGGAAAGGCGAGAUGAGGGGGCUACAGCUAGGCCAGUAUGCGGAUGGGCGGAAGAGCCGACAGCGGCGGCAGACUUCCAGGAGCCGCGCAGAAUGACCACCGGAGUGGGGCGCGGCGUGUUCCAAGGAGCCGCCCGAGGAAACCUGAUGCAACCCUUCCCCAUGCCGCCCAGACAAAAUCAAAGGGCUGCAGAAUGGAUGCCUAGAAGGGAAGAUCUCAAGCUGGAAUACGGAGGGGAAUCAGAUGAACUGAACUUUUUUCUAAUUAGCAUUAGAGGAUACAUGGAAGACAACGCACACACAUUUCCCUCCGAAGCAAGCAGGGUUCGAGCCAUCGGCAACACACUAAAGCGAGGAGCGGCCAGCUGGUAUGUGCAAUUGCAUGCCAGACGCGACCCAUGCCUGAGGUCAGUGCCCCGCUUCCUCGCCGCACUGGAGAACCGGUUCAGAGACCGGCUAGAGCAAUUGAGGGCUCGAGACCAGCUGAAAGGAAUAAAACAGAGGGACAAAACGGUGCCCGAGUACGCAGAGGAAUUCCUCCACCUCGCGGAAAGGGUACCGGAGUGGUCUGAAGUAACCAAAGUGGAACUAUUUAAAGAGGGACUACGCCCCGAGAUUUUCAGCUGGGCAGCGCACAGAGACGACCCCGAGACGCUCCAGGGAUGGAUUCAACUAGCGGGGCGCGUUGAAUCCACCCUGGCCCAAGUAAAGCGCUUCAGGAGCAGCAGCGGCCAGCAAAGACCGGUGGCGAGAGGUCGAGGAGAAACGAGGAAGCAAGAAAGACCCGGAGGGAGGCCGGGGAUUCCCUCCAGAGGAGACGACAACAAACCUAAACCGGGAUGCUUUGUAUGUGGGAAGACGGGCCACCGAGCAGCGGAAUGCUGGGCCCGGAAGGGGGAGCCGCCAAAAGCCCCAAAGCCCAAGCCAGCAACCGGGAGGCGUGCGGAGGAGGAGGUGCAGGCCCCAGAAUCGUCGGAAAGAUUGGACUAUGGUGAAAGAAGAACCGAAGAGGAGGACGAAGAAAACGGGGGCGCCAUGUCAUGCAGCCAGAUCCCAGGGCUGAAUUUCCAAGCCCUGAAUCUGACUUCAUAACAUAAACAUGCGAGCACCUGGCGGGAGAAGAUAAAAUGAGCCUGGGAACUCAGGGGUGAAAGUAUAAACAAUUAUAAUUGCUGUAGUGUGGGGGGGAUAGAAACCUUGGUGGAAAUGUGAUCCAGAAGGUGGGGUUUGAUGAUGAUAUUUGCGUGUGAUAUUACGUUGCAUCAGAAGUGAUAAAAUUAGAUGUAUGUAAACAUUAGGUCAUUCUCGACUUUUCCAAAGUCAUGUAUUCUUCAAUAAAGAUUGUGUUUGAGAGCAGCUGUCUUU